UCCUUCCUCUUCUUCGAAAACCACAAUAAUCACCACACUCCUCUGCUGAGCACAUCCCCUGCAUUUUAUUGCCAAACUCUACCUCUUCAACAUCAACAAUGGCUUGCUUAGAGUUGUGUAAGGAGGUUAAAUCCAAAGAAGGGCAAGAAGCACGCACUCUGGAUGGAAGUGUUGAUUGGCAUGGCCGCUCGGCAAUCAGAGGAAAAUCUGGAGGGUGGUUUGCUGGGAUUAUCAUACUUCUGAACCAAGGUCUAGCUACCCUAGCAUUUUUUGGAGUAGGAGUGAACCUGGUAUUGUUCUUGACAAGGGUCUUACAGCAAAACAAUGCUGAUGCUGCUAACAACGUGAGCAAAUGGACUGGAACAGUUUACAUCUUCUCUCUGGUUGGCGCUUUCCUUAGUGAUUCCUACUGGGGGAGAUACAAAACCUGUGCCAUAUUUCAGGUCAUCUUUGUCGCGGGUUUGGUAUCACUAUCACUAUCGUCAUAUCUAUUCUUGGUCAGACCUAGAGGUUGUGGGGAUGGAGAAACUCUAUGUAGUACCCCUUCAAACAUGGAGAUUGGAUUAUUUUACAUAUCUAUCUACCUUGUUGCCCUGGGAAAUGGAGGGUAUCAACCUAAUAUUUGUACGUUUGGGGCUGAUCAAUUUGAUGAGGAAAACCCCAAAGAAGGGUACUCAAAGGUAGCCUUUUUUAGCUACUUCUAUCUGGCUUUAAACCUUGGUUCCCUCUUCUCAAAUACCAUACUGGGGUACUUUGAGGAUGGAGGGAUGUGGGUUUUAGGAUUUUGGGCGUCUGCCGGCUCUGCCUUUGCAGCAUUAGUCUUGUUUCUUGUUGGGACCCCAAGGUACAGACACUUCAAGCCAAGUGGCAACCCUCUCUCCAGGUUUUGCCAGGUCAUAGUUGCUGCAGUGAAGAAGUGGAGGGUCGAGAUGCCACCAAGUGCAGAGGGCUUGUAUGAAGUGGAUGGAAAACAGUCUUCCACUAAUGGUUGUAGAAGGAUACUCCACACCCAUGGCUUCAAGUUCUUGGAUAGGGCAGCAUUUAUCUCAUCGAGGGACUUUGAGGACCGGAACCAGGGUGUUCAGAAUCCCUGGCGGCUCUGCGCAAUCACCCAAGUGGAAGAAGUUAAAUGCAUUCUAAGACUACUCCCAAUUUGGCUCUGCACUAUACUCUACUCUGUAGUCUUCACACAAAUGGCCUCUCUCUUUGUGGAGCAAGGUGCUGCCAUGAAAACUACCAUCUCAAACUUCCGAAUCCCACCUGCAAGCAUGUCUAGCUUUGACAUAAUCAGCGUAGCAGUUUUUAUCUUCCUUUACCGGCGAGUUCUUGACCCACUUGUCAGUAGAAUUAAGAAAUCAGAUUCCAAGGGACUCACUGAGCUUCAGAGAAUGGGCAUUGGCCUUAUUAUAGCUGUGAUGGCAAUGGUUUCAGCCGGGAUACUGGAAUGCUAUAGGCUGAAGUAUGCAAGAAAAGACUGCAGACACUGUGAAGGCUCAAGCUCCUUGAGUAUCUUUUGGCAAAUUCCUCAGUAUGCCUUUAUAGGAGCUUCUGAAGUUUUCAUGUAUGUGGGACAAUUGGAGUUCUUUAAUGCACAGACACCAGAUGGGUUAAAGAGCUUUGGAAGUGCACUUUGCAUGGCAUCUAUCUCUCUUGGGAAUUAUGUGAGUAGCUUGCUUGUGACUAUGGUAAUGAAGAUCUCAACUGAGGAUCACAUGCCAGGAUGGAUCCCAGGAAAUCUCAACAAAGGUCACCUGGACAGGUUUUACUUCCUGUUAGCCGCCUUGACAACAAUAGAUUUGGUUAUCUAUGUUGGUUGUGCUAAGUGGUACAAGUCUAUCAAGUUGGAAGGAAGAUUUGAAGAGAAAUAUGAGGCAGAAGACUUCAGAGUCUGAUGUAUAUAAGAACAUCGGCAAGACAUAUUAUGGCUCGUCGUACCAGCUUAUAUUAUGAAUAAGAGGAAUGGGAUAGCCCUAAACACUGGCAUAUGUUCCUGCUUGAAGAUAGAUGCAGUAAGAGAAACUCAUUCUCAUCUAAAUGUCUUACACUCGCUCCUUGCUGUUUCUCCAACACCUAACUCAGUGCAGCUAUUUCUCUCCAUGCUCUUGGAGCAAGCUAGGUUAUGCAGAGUUGAUUCUGAAGAGUUUGGCUUAAAGAUAUUUGCUUCCAUUUCUACAUUGGACAUAAAAAAAUUUGCUUGACAGAAGUUCUAAUGUAUGCCUUGGUUCUCUCUACAAAUUUCACAUCAUAUGGGUUCAUGAGA